AUGUGGGGGACGGGGGGCUCUGGCCGUCUGGACCAGCAGCCGCAGGGGGUCCGGGGGGACUGGCCCUGGGUGGUCAGUCUGCGGUUGCGGGGCGUGCACCGCUGUGGAGGAGCCAUCAUCACCCCCCACUGGGUGGUCACCGCAGCACACUGUGUGGUGAGUGACCUCCACCCUGAGGACUGGACUGUGUAUGCUGGGGUACAGAAGUCCAGGGACAACCUGUUCAGCCCCCCCCACUCUGUGGGCAGCAUCGUGGCUCACGAGGGCUUCAGCAGACUGACCAUGCAGAACGACAUAGCCCUGGUCCAGCUGUCCGGGCCCCUGAACAUCACGGUCUCUAGCGAUAUCGGAGCUGUGUGUCUCCCCAACACGGGAGUGUACAUCGUCCCAUCUCAGAACUGCUCUGUGUUGGGGUUCGGCGGGGCGCCAAAUGAAGACACUCUGUGCCUGAUGGAGGCUGCUGUAGAGCUGGUGGACGGCGAGACCUGCAACAGCUCCCACGUCUACGAAGGCAGGAUCACCCAGGAUAUGAUAUGUGCUCAACAUAUGAAGGGGGAACACAGUAUAUACCAGGGUGACGGUGGAGGCCCUCUGGUGUGUGCGGAGGACGGUGUGUGGAGUUUGGUGGGGGACGCAAGCUGGGGAGGGCAGGACGACCUGUCCAACAAACCCGGUGUCUUCGGCAACGUCAGCCAUUUCCUGGGCUGGAUCCACCGACAGAUGAAGAAGUCUGACGACAAAUCCAUUCUGGCGUCUUGAUUGGGUAGCGUAAUAGUUUUUAGCAAUAUUUUUGGGCUGAUAUUCAAGCCCAUGAACCUUUGUACAGAUGUAUUUUUUUACUUGUAUUUAAAUGCCAUUUUGUUGUAAGUAUUUGAAAAGCAAAAUGCAUUGUAGUUUGUAUGAGUAGUAUAUUGUAAGGCCCUGGUUAGUCAAAAGCUCAAGGUAAAAUGUUAUUGUAUUCGUAGAUUAAAAGUUGUUAUUAUGAAGCAUCCUUAUUUUUCCUGUCAGCAUAAAGUGAGUGCAGAUUGUACCCAGAUAAUAAUGAUGUACCAUGAGCUAACACAGGGUGUCACUCCCAAACAUAAAGCCACUGAGAAAUGAAUGCCCUCCAUUGUUUGCACACAAAUACAAUAUCUGGAUUUGAGCGAUCUUCCUGAUUCAGUUUACUCAUAUUUAUUUAAUUGAAGUGUUCAUUUCGGCACAGGAAAGAAACUCACUCUCUACACUUAAAUUGGACCUGCUCAAAUGGUUGUGAAGUUUUAAAACAUACUUUUGGCACACAAUAGGAUUUCAUAGUGUUCCACAAACUCAUUCUCGGGUCACAUGAUCAAAUGCACAAAGCCGGUUAAGCUGCCCAUGUGAUGUAUUGCACCAUCUUAGCUGUGGUAUUACAGUUAAGACCUGUUUUUUAAGGGACUUUACAAAGGUAAUGUAAACUUAGUGUGCGGAAUUCAUUGUUUCUAAAAGCAAAACUGGUCUGAAACAUGGUGGCAAAGACAUAGCUAUACCUGGUCACUGUCCUUAACAGUGAGCCGGUGGCUUUGAACAUUUCAGUGCAUCAGGCCUGGCUGCCCAAACCGGACGCUUUUUGUUUAUCGGCUUUCAACACAUUCUUUGGCAUGUAAUUGUGAUUUGCAUAAUUACUAUGGUACAAAUAUGCCGUGGGGAAUUUAAGGGCCAUAGUCACCUCCAAAAACCAAUCAAAAUAGUUCAUUAUGAAAUUCUACACACACAGUGUUAGUACAAUUAAAGUGAAAAUGUAAAUUAAAAAA